UUUCAGUAAUAAAGGUACAACCUUUGAAUGCAUAUUCAAUAGAGCUUACGGUGAAAGUAACAACACUUGAUCAUAAUCUCUUUCUCUCUCUUUCAAACAACAUCGUUUGCUGAUGAUAUAAAAUUUGUCUCAAACAACUUUCGAAUUUUCAAACUUUCUCUCUCCUCUUUCAAACACUGUAAAAAAAAACCUCUCUUUUGGCUGUGUAUGAUCUUUGAAGUAGCUCCUUAAUAGGAAAGUUUGGAUUUUUAUGAUAGCUUUGAAUCUUUUGUUUGAGUUUUGAGAAAAAAGACCCCUUUUUUAUUUCUGGGUCUGCAAGAUUUUCGGGUCUUGUGGGAGUUUUGUGGAGAUUAGAGGGUGUUUUUCUUGGUGGGUUUUUUUUUUUGGGUCUUCUUUGGGUGGAAGACGUGUUUGUGAGGGUUUUGACUUUUAAAGCACAUGAUGAUGAUCCAUGAAAGAUCAUUUUAGUUUUUUUUUUUGCAUGUGACUUCUUUUAAUGGUCUCUGCCUUUUUCAGCUCUGGUGAUUCUAGGGUUUGUGUUGGCUUCUUUUUUCAGUGUUGGAAGAGUGAUUGAGAUAUAAUUGGGUUCAUUUGCUUCAAGAAUCCAAAAAAACAUAGUUGGAAAGAGAUAUUAAGUGUAUAACAAAGUAACCAGUAUGGUAGCGAAAGACCGAUCGAAUGCUACUGACUCUCCCAACAAGGCUGAGGUGGGCGAGAUAGACACUAGGGCGCCUUUCCAAUCUGUGAAAGAUGCAGUCACAUUAUUCGGUGAAGGUGCGUUCUCUGGCGAGAAACCUGCCAUUAAGAAGACAAAGCCUUACUCUGCUGAGAGGGUUUUGGCCAAGGAGACAAGGCUUCACCUGACCCAGAAAGAAUUGAACAAGUUGAAGGAACAACUAAAGAGUGCCGAAACUACUAAAUCACAGGCACUUGCUGAGCUCGAAAAGGCUAAGGUAACAGUUGAUGAUCUGACUCAGAAGCUGAAAUUGCUGAUUGAAUCUAAGGAAUCUGCAAUUAAGGCAACUGAAGCUGCCAAGAAUCAGGCGAAACAACUUGGAGAAGCAAACAGUGAGAGUGUUUCGGGAAAAGAUGGUGUCUGGAAAGAAGACUUAGAAGCAACAAGAACUCAGUACAUGACAGUAAUUACUGAACUCGAUGCUGCAAAACAAGAGUUAAGGAAACUUCGUCAGGAUUGUGAUGUGUCGUUGGAUGCUAAAGUUGCUGCCUUUAAACAAGAAUCGGAGGCCAAAGAUGCUGCCAAAGCAAAUGUUGAACGAGUUGGUGAGCUCGCAAAGGAAAUUUCGGUUGUGCAAGAGUCAAUUGGGCAAGUUAAACUUGCUUCCUUGCAAGCUCAGCAGGAGCAUGCUAAGAUAUUUUCGGAAAAGGAUGAACGAAGGCAGUUGCAUAAAGCGACACUAGAGGAGUCGGCUAAGAAAUUAAGUGCCUUGAAAAAAGAGUUCGAUCCUGAACUUUCUAGAAGUCUUGAAGCACAGCUUGCUGAAACGUUGAAUGAAAUUGGAUCGGUUGAAAAGCAAAUGGAGAAUGCCAAAGCUUCUGAUUUGGAUUCUGUGAGAACUGUCACUUUAGAGUUGGACGGUGCAAAAGGGUCUCUACAGAAAGUUGCAGAAGAGGAAAGCUCGCUUCGAAGCUUAGUUGAGUCUUUGAAGGCGGAACUGGAGAAUGUUAAGAAAGAGCACGCUGAACUGAAGGAGAAAGAGGCCGAAACAGAAUCCAUAGCUGGUAAUUUACAUGUUAAACUUCGGAAAUAUAAGACCGAGCUUGAAGCUUGCCUUGCUGAAGAGUCCAAGGCAAGAGGCUCUUGUGAUGAUUUGAUAUCGACGUUGGAUCAGUUAACAAUGGAAACUCAAAAUGCACAACGGGAAGCAGAAGAAAUGAAGAAUAAAGCCGAGGAAUUGAGGAAGGAAGCCGAAGCCACCAAAGUUAUUGUAAAAGAAGCCGAAGAAAAUCUUAGAAUUGCUUUGGAAGAAGCUGAAGAAGCAAAAGCUGCUGAAGAAAGAGCACUUGAUCAGAUUAAAGCUUUAUCCGAUCAAACUAAUGCUGCACGAGCCUCGACCUCUGAGUCUGGUGCCAAUAUCACAAUCUCAAGGGAAGAGUUCGAGUCUUUGAGCCGGAAAGUUGAGGAGUCGGAUAAAUUAGCUGACAUGAAAGUGGCUGCUGCAUUGGCUCAGGUGGAAGCAGUGAGAGCUAGUGAAAACGAGGCACUGAAAAAGUUAGAAACAACCCAGAAAGAGAUUGAGAAUAUGAAGGCUGCAACUGAGGAUGCCUUGAAGAAGGCACAGAUGGCCGAAGCAGCCAAGAAAGCAGUCGAGGGAGAAUUAAGAAGGUGGAGAGAACGCGAGCAAAAGAAGGCAGCCGAAGCUGCUUCUCGCAUAUUAGCUGAAACAGAGAUGUUGUCAACAGAAUCAUCAUCAUCCCCACACCACUACAGAGUCCAAAAACCGAACAUUCCAACCAAAGUCAUCGAGACAAAAAAAAUGGAGAAAGCGAAAACAUCUGUUUCGAAGAAAGCCCUCUUGCCUAAUCUCAGCGGCAUUUUCAACCGAAAAAAGAAUCAGAUUGAAGGUGGGUCGCCUUCUUUUCUCCCAGGCGAACAACAACAACAAACCCUGUGAGAUGUUUUGUUCUUGCAAAGCAAAACAAGAACCUUUUUUUUAUGAGAUUGUGAAUUAUUAAUGGUGAUUGAGACAGGAAAAAAGAUGUUUGUUUGUGUCUGCAUCUUUUGUAGAAGAUGGGUAAUAUCAAAAUGUGAGUUUUGGGAUAUGGAAAUGAUCAAAAAGGGGAGUAGUGUGAUUUUUUUGUUGUAUAUGAUUAUGAUGAGACAAAGACAUUUUGUAGAUUAUUAUUGAUUGAAGUUUUCUUGUGAUA